AUGCCUUCAGACACGCAGCCUUCCACCCCCACCCCUGCAACGACGGCGAAUCCGUCGCCACUCCCCUCCUACCCCUUGCGCCUCCCGAAUUACAGAUUCUCCCAUCAAGAGAGAUUCCAUCCGUAUGGACGUAGGAACGAGCCCACCCAGGCAUUCGAUCCGAUGCAAACCAUCAACUACAACAGCGAGCCGCGCCAGCCUGAAUUUGCCAUGGCUGUCAUCCCCGAGGAAAAUAACGCGGAUUUGAACGCGCUCGAAAGAGUCGUCAGCGGCUUGGAAGGUAGGCAACAAGACAUGACGCCGCGGAGGCGCACCCUCGGGGUAUUGGUCGUCGACUUUGCCCUUGCCAUGCGGAACAGGCUCGGCGGCAAAGACCGGCGCAGGGCCUGA